GGCAGGCAAAAGCGAACGGUUUCCAACGUAUGUCGUCGCGUAAAAAGAGAGAGACGAGCGAUUCAGGCAAGAUUAGGGAAACUUUACUCCGGAAAAUCGGGUUUGCAAAGAAAGCAAAAUAGAAUAGAAGAACAAAUAAUAAGAUGGUUGGACACCAAAUAUGCUAGUUCCGGCAAUUAAACAAAAAAAAUAUAAAUUAUACCCCAAUAUUUGGCAAUUGCUAGAAUGCAGUGCACACUUUUGUGAGACUCACUGUAAAUACCGCUUCGCUCACACCUUGUGUCAAGUCACCUUGGGUUUGUAGCGCACUGUCAAAAUAACAACGCUGCACCGGCGUACGAACAUACACACGCAAAACACACCGCCAACCAACAAAACACGUCUGUUUUGCGCUCAAACGCAGUUUACAACGCAUUGUUUUCCUUGCAAACAAAAAGAAAACCCACCCAACACAAUGCAGAACAACGUAAAGAACAUAUUCGACAGCUUCAACGAUUAUCUCGUGAAGGAGCAGGAGCUGCGUACGGAAAUACGUGACAUCGUCCGGGACAUAGAUCAGGCAGCGAAGGAAGCGGCCAUCGCGCUGCAAGUCAUCCACAGCAGCAUCGCCGACGUGUCGGCGGCCUGCGCGAAGGCGCGCACCUUCUUCGAUACCUGUCGCGAAGGGUACGCAAAGCUGGCCGCACUCAUCCCAGCCGGACAGUACUACCGGUACCAUGACCACUGGCACUACAUGACGCAGCGCAUUGUGUUUCUGAUCGCACUGACGAUUUAUCUCGAGAAAGGAUUCCUCGUCACGCGCGAUACGGCGGCAGACAUUUUGGGCUUGUCCGUCAGUCAGCAGCAAGGAUUCCAUCUGGACAUCGAAGACUAUCUGGUUGGCAUUUUGCAGCUCGCCUCGGAGUUGAGCCGCUAUGCCGUCAACUCGGUUAUACUGGGUGACUACGAAAAGCCGCUGACGAUUUCCAAGUUUGUCGCCGAUCUCAACUCGGGCUUCCGGCUGCUGAAUCUCAAGAACGAUUCGCUGCGCAAACGCUUCGACGCACUGAAGUACGAUGUGAAGAAGAUAGAGGAAAUCGUGUACGACAUCAGCAUACGGGGUUUGCGGACCGAAGCGACUGGUGCUGCUGCUGUUGGUGGUGCAGCAGCCGCAGAAGCACCAUCCGCUCCCACAGCCGAACCAGCGGCAGCGGAGGAAAAACAAGCAUAAAGUGACACAAUUAGCGCGCGUUUCCUUUUGGAGGCAACGCGAUGAAUUAUUUCAUCAUUUCCAACAGUUCUUUUGCAUUUGAGUUUUUGUUGGCACUGUACUAACCGGAUUUACCUUAUGAAAUAAAUGGAUUUUUCUACAAUAAUAUAAUAGAACAGAUU